AGAAACUAUGUCAGCUACAUGCUAGCUUGUGGGAGUUACCAACGCUAGGAAUAGCUUCACAGACAGUUCUCACACUUUGUGCCAACAAAAUGCAGGAUGUGUCACAUGAGCGACCGUCCGUCAUACAGACAAUGAGAAGUACAAUCACUGGCUUUCAUCAGAUUAUUCAUGCUAAUGUUGAGCCAUCCGACUUGCAUGCUUUAAGCUCCGCUGGUUCCACACUGACUCAUCUCCUCGGGCUAUAAAAGGAGGAGCUUUGGGCUUGGAGGCUGAACAGCAAAACACAGAACUAGUCGCUCCCCGCUCUACCGGUCAAUCACUUCCAGAGCCGGACCUCGCUCGCUUGAACAGAACCACAGCAAACCAGUGAAGACGUGGGAAAAGACAAGAAACUUUGGAGAGAAUUCCAGUGCAGAAACCUGUUGGACAGGAUUGGGGGGUUGCGAGACAAGCUCUGUGAUUUCACGUGUGAGUCGGUUUGCUUGUUGACGUGAGUGAAGAGCCGCGAGAACUUCCAGGCCGUCCAAAUGGCUAACGGCUCCGAUUACCAGCUCAUCGAGGACUGCGAGGCCACGCACAAGGCACUCUACAAGUUCUACGCGGCGGUCAUGAUUGUCAUUUUCAUCCUGGCUCUCCCGCUCAACGUGUCUGUCCUGCACCUCUUCAUUUUCAAGCUGAAGUUCUGGAAGUCCAACACCAACAACGUCUUCCUCUUCAACCUGGUGCUGGCCGACAUCCUCCUGCUCUUCUGCCUGCCCAUCAAGGCUCACAACUUCAUCCAGGGCGAGCGCAGGAGCGGCAACGACGCCGUGUGCAAAGCCAUGCUCUUCAUGCUGUUCCUCAACCGAGGAGCCAGCAUCGCCUUCCUCACGGUCACCUCCAUCGACCGCUACUUCAACGUGGUGCACCCGGGCCGCAAGAACCUACUGAAGGCUCUCAAGAAGUCGCCGCACAUCUCCAUCUUCAUAUGGGUGCUCCUCCUGCCCCUCACCAUUCCCACCAUGCUCAAGAACUUUGAGUGCUGCAACAGCCACAAGAGCGACGACAACAAGGAGGACACCUUGAUCAAGGACGUGGUGGACAGCUUGCGGGAAGCGGUUUUCUUCACGCAGAUCAUCAUCCCCUUCGUCAUCCUGGUCUACUGCACCGUGCACAUCGUCAACCGGCUCAGGAAGAAGACCGUCGGGGACAAGACCAAGCUGAGGAGAGCCGUCUUCCUGGUGACCUCGGUCAUGGUGGUCUUCUCGCUAUGCUUCCUGCCCUGCACCAUCUCCAGGGUGGUCCUGCUGGUGGCCCGGGUUCAGGAGUGGCGGGAGUCCGCCCAGGACAAAGCGGCCGUGGCCUUCGACGGCCUCAUGGUGCUGUCCUACGUGGACUGCCUGCUGGACCCGCUGGUCUACUGCUUCUGCAGCACCAAGUUCAAGGCGCUCUACGUCUCCAAUUAUUUCCCCUUUUUCAGCAAAGACGGUCCUCUUCAGCUGGACAGCUCCUCCACGGCACACACUUCAAAUGCCAAACGCAACAAUGUCAUCUGAAGGUCAACCAGACAGACAGACAGACAGACCCAGAGCCCCUCAUGUGGACUUGAUUUGUUAAAGGGGACGCCUAAGUAUUUGUAUCCAUCAUGAAGCCGUGACUUUCAUGCAAUGUUCAUGUUCAUUUGCGUUCAGUGCAAGGAUUCAUUACCUCCGCCAAGCACACUUUUACUUGUGUCCUUUUUAAUGUACAUUACUGCCACCUACAGGACCAGAGUGGGGCAACAUCUCAGGGCGUCUUGAUUUCCAUUCUAACAAGUCAGACGGACAUCCAUCCAUCCAUCUUCUAUGCCGCUUAUCCUCACUAGGGUCGCGGGUAUGCUGGACCAGCUGACUUUGGGUGAGAGGGGUACACCCUGGACUGGUCGCCAGCCAAUGGCAGGGCACAUAGAGACAAACAACCAUUCACACUCACAUUCAUACCGAUGGACAAUUUAGAGUCGCCAAUUAACCUAACAUGCAUGUUUUUGGAAUGUGGGAGGAAAUCGGAGUACCCGGAGAAAAUCCACACACAAACGGGGAGAACAUGCAAACUCCACACAGAGAUGCCCAAGCGGACAUUGGAACCCAGGUCUUCCCAAUCUCCUGACUGUGUGGCCAACAUGCUAACCUCUGACCAUGCGGCCACAGACGAACAUGUUUAUGUUUAAAGUUGUCCUGCUUUUGUUUUAAAUGGGAAGGCCUUGUCCUUCCUCACAGAACAUUUAAUAGAAUGCGUUUGGCUUUUUUGCCGAUAACCGAUAUGACGAUAUUGUCCAACCCCCAAUUUCCGAUUACGAUACCAACCAAUACCGAUGCAUGUAACAUCACAUAUCUUUUUCUUGAGUAAAAUUGUUGUAAAGCAACAAUACUCUUAAAUGAGUACAGUUGUUUUGUUGGCUACUCCAGCCAUCUCUGACAGCAGAUAAUUCAUGUAUUACAUAUUUUAUAUAAGAAUACAUUUGUGUUCCUUGUGCCUUGAUUUAUGUUAUUUUUCGAAAUAUUUUAUUUAUUUUUAGUUAAAGGGUAAAACACAUGAAUCUGCUGAUUAUUAUUUUGAUUGAUAACUUUCAUGUUCUUAUUUUAUAUUCGUAUUUCACUGCAUUAAAACUACUAUAUAUAUAUAUAUAUAUACUGUGUAUGUUUUUUUGGCACUACUUUGUGCCGUUUAGCUGAUGUAAUGUGAAUUACUACUGUGUGGGAUCAAUAAAGUUGUUAUCUUAGCCAUCUGAGAAGAUCAAA